AUGAAGCAAGUGGCGCUGGUGGAUCCCCCUGUGCCCACUGAGGCAGUGCCGUGGGGGGCGUCACAAACACGUACCAAAGAGGAGGAGACUUCUUCGCUAUUGGCGCGUGAAGCGAACUAUGAGGGUCUUGUUCUUGAUCCGCACGGUGGUGUGCCACACGCCAUCUCCGCGCUGGAGCAGGCACGUCAGUCGGAUCACAAAGGUGUGGCCAAAGGCGUACUUCUGUCCCUUGGCUGGCUCGAUCGUCUUUUAUCCUUCUUUAUUAUUAUUGCGAUGAUCAUUGGUGUUGUGAUCGGCGAGUUUGCCGAUCACGCGAAGGAAAACCUCGAGAAGGGCAACUUCCGCGGUGUCUCCGCUCCCAUGGUUGUGGGUCUCAUUGUGAUGAUGUGGCCUAUUCUAACCAAUGUACAAUAUGAACGCCUCCCGAAGAUCUUCAGUGAGAGUCGUAUUUGGCUGCAGCUUUUUGUGGCCAUCAUCAUCAACUGGAUUCUUGGCCCAUUUGUCAUGCUGGCGCUGGCCUGGGCAACACUGCCUGAUUUGGACGAGUACCGUAUCGGUAUCAUCAUGGUCGGCCUGGCAAGGUGUAUUGCCAUGGUCAUGAUCUGGAAUCGUAUUGCGCGUGGUGAUAGCGAUACGUGUGCCAUUAUUGUCAUUGUGAAUUCGCUUUUGCAAAUGGUGUUGUAUGCGCCGUAUGCCAUCUGGUUCAUCAACAUCAUCUCAGGCGACGAAUCGUUCAGGCUGGAGUACAGAGAGACGGCCAUUGCCGUCGGCAUCUACCUCGGUAUUCCUCUCGGCGCUGGUAUCGUGACGCGUUUCAUUAUGCUCUCGCUACUGGGCCGCGAGAAAUUCCAGAAACGAUUCAUGCCGUUCUUUGGGCCUUUGAGUCUGAUUGCCUUGCUCUAUACAAUCAUUAUCAUUUUUGCAUCGCAAGCACGGCAAAUUUUGCACAACUUGGGCCCCGUCUUCCGCACCAUUGCCCCGUUGGUGGCCUACUUUGCGAUCAUGUGGACCGCGACCUUCCUAAUGAUGUGGUUUGUUUCGCGUCGCUAUGGCAAGCACAAUUGGGGCUACCAAAUGGCCGUGGUGCAAGCAUUUACCGCCAGCUCCAACAACUUUGAGUUGGCCAUUGCAGUCUGCGUCGCUUUGUACGGCGCUUCCUCGCCGCAAGCGUUGGCUGCGACCAUCGGGCCUUUGGUCGAAGUGCCUGUAUUGCUUAUUCUAAGCUGGGUUGCCCUGUUUGUGGGCCGAUAUAUGCGUUGGGAUAUCAAGUACGAUGCGCAGAUGCAGCAUGCUGCUGACAAGAUCGACGCGGAAAAAAUGGCCUCGGACACAUUGUAA